ACGGUAUUUGAUACAAAAGCACGGUAUGUACCAGUAGCCUGGCGAUCUGAAAGAUCCACUACUGCCGCUAGUGGGGCCUUUCCGCAGAGCCGCAACCCUUUCCAUCCCAAAUAUUCCACCGACCACCGAAUUGGUCGCCACAACCCAAUUGCACGAAACCGGCGCUUACGAGGCGUUCAUCUUAUCGAAUGCAUGCAGCCGCAUGGGGAGCCCUUCGAACGACUCGAAGACCCCAAUUAUGGCGCACCUGCCGCGUCAUAGCUGGCGUUCGUCGACCUCUGCCGUCGAGAAAUUUCCACAGAUCGGCCAUUGCCUACCGGAUACCUGAUGACCCUGCAGAUCCGAAGACGGGCGCGGAAAAUGGAAGCCCUAAUAAUACGGCGGAGGAGGAGUCGAAUGCAGCGCCUGGAGAGCCUGCGCCGAGUGAGCCUGUGGCGAAAACGGAUAUGGCGACGAGCGGACAACGGACGAAACGAGGCGAUUAUGGGUCUGCGGCGCGACGAGCGAACAGAAAUGUACGAGUAAAGGAGGUUCCCCCUAUGGUGCUGCCGGAUUGGUUUUUGGACCACAACCUAAGACCCAGUGGGGCGAACGACAAUGUGGAGCGGAUAUUAUUGUUGGAGGACAGAACCGCCCCUGAAAAAGAGCAGGAGCCUGUCGAACCGGCGACUAUAAAGACUGGCGAUGAGCCAGCUCCCAAACCGGAGGAACAUGCCGCGGAUUCUGCUUUGGGCCCGAACCAAAAAGUUCGUUAUAGCAUGAAGAACAUUGUCUUUCAGGAACUACAGUCAAACAUUGAAGCUAUAUUAUCGAUACGGCCGCCCAAAGGAGUCGACCCCAAGGAGAUAAUUAGGCCUGAUAUUCUUCUCCAGUGUCCGCAGCGUGAUGCAAGCGGGUUUAUGAACCAGGUUGUCGAUACCGUUGCGUUUAAGUUGAACGCUGACGUGGUGAGGCUGGACCCGGAUGAUAUUGCACAAAUAGUCGGAGAGUACAUGGGAGAGAACCUAGCGUGGACCCCAUGCACAACCUCUCUACUUGGAUAUGAGCUGGACAAAGUUGGUCGAUACGAGGAGGAGAUGAAUAGGACAGAAGAAGAAGAAGAUUUGGAAAUGGACGAGGGGGAGGAUCCCCAAAAACCAGACUUGCCUAGCCUUUCGGCAUUGACUUCAGCCUUGAAAGCUGGCAGUUCAAAACUUCGCGGUCUCACUAUCAUACCCAGUGCUGGUACCCAAAGGUCGCUAUCAAAGCCAAUGUCAUUCGACGAGCUCUUCGGCCAAGGACCCAAUCAAAGCCCAACCCGGUCUACUUCAUCUUCGGAGAGUUGGUCUAAUUUUAAGCUCACUGCUGCGUUGGAAGCGCUUGUUGAUGCUUCAUAUAACAAUGCGGCUAAGUCAGCAGCCGCAGCAUCUACGGCGGAUCCCAGCAGCACAGAAACUCCUUCACCAAAGCCUACUAUCAUCCAAAUCAACCAGUACAAGGAGAUGGGCAAAAUCGAUGCCGGCAUUAACAUCCUCAAGAUGCUGCGCGACAUCGUUAAGAAGAGGUGGCUGGAAGGAAGGCAUAUUGCCAUUGUCGGAACCACGACAGCAGGAGACCCAGUCCCCGCGACCACUCUCGACUCCAUAGUCCAGCUCCAAUCCGACGUUGUUUUCGGCGACCAACGGACCAUAAUGGUAACCCCAGCAAAGACCCAGGACAUGGAAGCCCUAAAAAUUGACGAAAAACACCGCAAUCGCCGUGUGAAUAUUCGUCACCUGAAGGAUAUGGUUUCCAAGUUAUCCAAUGGAGAAGCUGCAGCAUUGAUAGACAACAUCCUCGAAAUUUUCCUAUCAACACGCAACGUUGCCCCUCCCUCAGAACCCCAAGUAUGGAGCGACCUACACACCAAAAUGGUAGAAGAUCUGGAAGAGUCCAUCUGGCCAUACCCCCGCGUCCACCGCCUCGCAACAGUCAUGAUCGGAUCCGCAUCCAUCGACCACACCCACGCCUGCAACUCCUCCCUCAUCGCCGCCUACGACAUAAUCGCUGCUAGCGACGAAGAGAAAGCGCUCUGGAUGAAGAAAGACGAUCGGAAAAAGUCGUCAUCUACCACCGCAUCAUCAUUCAAAGACACCCUCGCCGACCAAAAACGCAAACAGAUCAAGGUAAACGCCACGCUGCGCGAGAAGAAACUCCUCGGCGGAGUCGUGCACCCCGAAAACAUCAAAGUCACAUUCUCCGACGUCCGCGCCCCGGCAGACACCAUCGACGCCCUCAAGACUCUCACGAGCCUCUCCCUCGUCCGGCCAGAGGCAUUCUCCUACGGCGUCCUCGCUAAAGACAAGAUCCCCGGAGUCCUCCUCUACGGUCCCCCCGGUACGGGCAAAACGAUGCUUGCCAAAGCCCUCGCCAAGGAAAGCGAUACCACAGUCCUCGAAGUGAGCGGGUCGGAGAUCUACGACAAGUACGUCGGCGAGGGCGAGAAGAACGUUAAAGCCGUCUUCUCGCUCGCCAAGAAACUGGCGCCCUGCAUCGUCUUCAUCGACGAGGCGGAUGCGAUCUUCGGCGACCGAGGAGCAGGGAGCCAGCGCGCGAGUCAUCGCGAGAUCAUCAAUGAAUUCCUCCGCGAAUGGGACGGGAUGAACGAUCUCUCCGCUUUCAUUAUGGUCGCUACGAAUCGGCCGUUUGAUCUUGAUGAGGCGAUUCUGAGACGGCUGCCGAGACGGCUGUUGAUUGAUCUACCUGUUGAGGUAGAUAGGGAGGCGAUACUGAAGAUUCAUCUCCAGGGAGAGGAUUUGGAGGAUGAGGUGGAUUUAGCGGCGCUGGCGGCAAAUACGCCGUUUUACUCUGGCUCGGACCUCAAGAACCUCAGCGUCGCCGCGGCGUUGGCGUGCGUGCGCGAGGAAACCGCUACUGCAACAGCAUGCGCCGCCUCCUCCGCCGCGACAGGGGAAGACGUCUCUGCACUGUCGAAGAACUUGUCGUACCCCGCUAAGCGGACGAUCGGGAAGAGACAUUUCGACAUCGCGAUCCAGGAGAUUUCAGCGAGUGUUAGCGAGGACAUGGCGACUCUUGCUGCGAUUAGGAAGUUUGAUGAGAGGUAUGGAGAUCGCAAGGGACGGAAGAAGAAGACUGCGAUGGGAUUUGGGAGGGAGAAGGAGGGGGUGGAUGAGGAGGGUGCGAGGGUUAGGCAGAGGGAGGUGGGGAAGGGAGUGGGUGUUUGAGUGGUUUUGCGUUUUGAUGCGGGGGUUGACGUGAUUGGGGAAGGGGCGUAUUAUAUGUGUAUUAUAUGUGUAUUAUAUUGGGGAGGGUUGUGGAUAUGUAGAGAUGGGAAGAGGGAGGCAUUUACCGGGAGUUUUUAAGAUUGUUAGAAUUUAGAAUAUUUAGUGGUAGAGGUGGAGUUGGAGAAUACGAUAUCAGGUAUGAGUACACGCGCGCUGUCCAAAAGUGUGAAGUGAAUGGAGACUGCAUAACAACAGUAUCUAUCUAUAGUAAAAGUGUCCAUUCACAAUCACCUAGGGCUACAACGAAUAAGACAGUUUACCCAGGAAUAGAGCUAGAAAAUCCUAUCAGCGUAAAUUACUACCACCAUUCCUCAGCCACAAGCAGUUCGCCUCCCGACUUUUGGGCAGCACAAGUAUUAGACAAUA